CUCUCUCGUCUCUCAGGGAGCAGAGCACAGUAGCGAGGGCAGUCUUCUCAGAAACAGAAAAGCAGCUUGGAGGUGUCAGUACAGCCAAAGAAGACGGUGAAGAAGCCAACGUGAUGCCAUGGACCAACAAGAAUCAGCCACACAGACAGAAAGCUAUUUAACAGCCAUCACAGGCAUUAAACCAGCAAGGCAUUCUGCAGAUUUGGGACUUUCAGUCAGUUGCAGCAUUUUUCAAAAGAUCAAAGUUGUUUAAAGAACUUCUAGCAAGACUUUUUAGGGAUAUUGUACCAAGUGUGAAUGGGGUUACUGGUGUGGUUGAGUCACAGGAAAGUUACAAAUAUAUAUUUUAAGCUCAGCAAGAACAGCAAACAGUCAAGUAAAUUAGCAGCUAAGGCAAAGGAAAUUUUGGGCGACGGAGGGAUUACAUUGGACCAUGGAAACAUUGAGGUUAGACUGCAUGCGCCUUAAUAAAUGGAAGCACCUAAAACACCCUGUGCAGGUGUUUAAACAUUAACAUUAAACAUGAGACUAAGGCUGAUAAUGUAAAUGUCACAACCUCUUUUCAAGCGUAUAACUAACAACAAAAAAAGUGGCAAUGGUUCACAUAAAGCUCCAGCGGUGACGUCAUCAGAUUGUCUCCAGUGAAGCACCAGCGAUAAUGUUGUCACAAGUGGUGCUGGGUGUCACCCUGACCCUCCUCAUCAUCCUGACGGUUGGUGGUAAUGUGCUGGUGUGCGUGGCGGUCUGCGCCUCCCGACGCCUCCGCUGCCUCACAAACUGCUUCAUCGUGUCGCUGGCUGUGACAGACUUGCUGCUCGGCCUCUUGGUGCUCCCCUUCUCUGCCCUCCACCAGCUCACCAACGACUGGCCGCUCGGCCCCAUCUUCUGCAACUUCUACAUCUCCAUGGAUGUGAUGCUGUGCACCGCCUCCAUCCUCACCCUCCUGGCCAUCAGUGUGGACCGCUACCUGGCAGUGACCAUGCCUCUGAGAUACACCUCACUGGUGUUGCCAUGGAGAGUUGCUUUGGCCAUGGCCGGUGUUUGGACAGUGUCUGUGGCUGUGUCCUUCUUGCCCAUCCAAAUGGGGUGGAACACUGUUAAUGGCACGGUGCAGAACCAAGGGCCUUGGGCUCCAGAGAGAAAAUGUCGUUUUGAGCUGAACAGACCCUACGUGCUGACUGACUCUCUUCUCACCUUCUACCUGCCUCUGGUGGCUAUGUGCUGGACCUACCUCCGAAUACUUCGCAUUGCACGGGCACAGGCCAAACGCAUCAUCAGUGCCCGACCCACCUGCAUCACAAGCUACAACUGCGGUAACAAUCCUUCCACCACUACCACUGUGGUCUCCAGUGUAACAGCGGUGGCUCUGCGGGAGCACAAAGCCACGGUGACCCUGGCCGCAGUGAUAGGGGCUUUUGUGGUGUGCUGGCUGCCAUAUUUCAUCCUGUUCACAGUGUUGGGCCUAAAGGAGCACCCGGACCCAAGCACAGUAGCAGCAUAUCCAAUUGUGUUGUGGCUGGGUUAUGCCAACUCAGCCCUCAACCCUAUCCUGUAUGGAGCCCUCAACAGGGACUUCAGGUCAGCAUACAACCAUCUACUGAGAUGUAGAUGCCCCACCUACAUUGGGUGGAGGAGCCGGCAGCCGUCUCCCACUUUAACAGCAGCCAGAGAACAUCUUACAGAGGUGACACUGCUGUGCGACCACAACCCAACCACCUGCAGGGCCGUUCUAACAGAGCCCAGCUUAAUGCUUCAAGAAAUGAACAGUGGGACAGCCACAGCUACUAUUCAACUUACAAAUGGCACUGCAGCCACAGAUGUCAAUGGGAAUGAAAGGUCGUGCUGAGCCUGUGCUGAUGAGGUGUGCUGUGUUCAUACUGCGUUUGCAACCAAGAGCCAGAUCCAUCCGCCAUAAGAGGAAGAGCAACAGACUGUCAAAAAGAUAGACAGAGAUUUACAGCCUUUCUAUUUGGAAGCCUUCAGUACUGCAGUAGAAGCUCCAGUAAUUGACGACGUAAGUAAAUAUAGACACAGACAUCUCUACAACCCCCACAGAGCAGGUCAUGCCCAGAACAAAUGAACUGUGACACACAGACCCUCGCAGUGUCGUCCACGCUGCAACAGGCCAUAUGGCAUUAUGCUUAUUAGGCCAAGAAAUAUGCUUUCAGCUCAGAGGUACAUUAUCCAGUUUCACAUCCUGCUCACAUGUCUUUGUUCGCACUUUGUGAACAGUUUCGACUAAGUGGUUUGCCCUUUGUAUGUGCUGCUUUGUAAAGUGUGUACUAGUUUAACUAGAGUUAAAGCAAGUCAUUUUGUUCUUCAAGAUUACCAAAACAUUGUAAGGCUGCCUGGUAAAAGCUGUACUCAAUGUUCAAUACAUUGUAACUGAAACAUUAACACUUUCCAAAGCAAAUAGAAAGUGUAGUCUACCAGUACAUGACCUUUUCUAAAAAAUGUAAAAGCCCAAUGAGGCUUGAAUGUAACUAGCAUCGUGAAUAAUCUUUUACAGUUUAUUACUUUAACUAUUUGUUUCAAACUUUCAUUUACUAACAAUAAAAGCUAUUUUAUUUAUUUUACUUUAUACCUGCUGGAAAAAGGCACACAUUUCCACACACAGCCGGCCUCUACUCGUUCAGGACCGAACAAAGAUGACGCCUCCGUGGAUGGAGCUAAGGGAAUCCUUCCACCUCAGCCAACCAUCACACAGGGUGACACAUGAUAUACUCAAACUAACUCUGGAUAAUAUUGAAGCUCUGGAGGACCGAUUGAGACCUGCUGAUUAACUUAUUGCUCAUUAAUUGUAUGAACUAUAUAAUUUAUGCUGACUCAAGAGUGCACUCCAGUGGAAACACAAAGUAUAACAACUUUAACCUGGAAAUACAAAUGGGCGUUUUACAAAAUCAAAAGAAUGGAAGAUAAAUAGUUGAUAAAUAGACCAUUAUUAAACUUACCAUUUCAUGUCAAAUGUGUUGAAAUAUACGACAUGUGUAUGUAUAGCAUACAAAUUAAUGUUACGUGUCUACUGUCUACAGAAUGUGUCUUUAUUGUUGCUCAGUCAGUGGCAUAACGCUUGCAAGUGUAUGUAUUGUAUGAUAUUGUAAAGGUAAUUGAGGACUGGACGUUAUCCGUUACUCAAAAAUACAAAACUGCAACCAUACUGUACCAGCUUCAAUAAACAAUCUAAUAUAUGCUUCCAUUUUGGAGGCAAUACAGAUGGACUGUAGAUAAGUAUGGAUAGGGAUUAUCAUGUGGGAUGAUGUAGAAAACACUGUAUGAGUGGUAAUACGAGAACAUUGGAAACAAUUCAUCACAGCUGUCAGCACACAUUGCCUCGAACUAUUGCCACAUUAACAUUUAACCUUCUCCAUACUUCAAGCUAUUUCCUUUGAGGACUGACACAGAAGUGCAAAUAAUAUCCAUCUGCAUGUCAGGUAGCAGCUGUACACAAGUGAUAGAAGGAUUUUUACAAGCCAUUAAACCACAUGGAAACACUUACUUGGUAUUUAUAACACCUAGGGUAGCUAUUUUUUCAAUUCAGCUCUCCCUCCUGUUUGCAAGGAAAUGCUCUAUUUCAUGUACAAUUAGACUAUAAACGUUAGUGACAAAACACACAGCACAAGGUCAGGAUAACACUUGUGUAAAGCACUUAUACUGUUAGAUUUGGUGGAAACAGCUCUGCCUUUAAUUAGAGCUUUCAAUUAAUCCUGCAUUCGGUUAUUCUCAUACACAUACAGUACUAAACUUACCUUAAUCAUAUAGGGAGGUAGUGGCAGCAGAAAGCAGUGUUGACAUAAGGAAUCAGCAGUGUACAAGGGAGAACUUGCCAUUUUAAAAUGCCAUUUAGUAAAUGUGAUUAGAUACAUGUUUCAAUGCAAUUUUCCACCAUUCUCACUUUGACCCACAUGAGCCAAUCAAAACUGUGUUGUACUACAUAAUGAAGAAUACAUUUUAUUACUGUACCCCUGUAUUGUUUGUAUGUUUGUUUAUCAGCAGGGUAAGAGGAAAAGUAGUAGCUGAUUUUCAUAAAAAACGUUUUGCGAGAGUGUAGCAAGGGCCAAGGAAGAACCAAUUAAAUGUAUCUAUUUAAUAAAGAAUCU